AUGGAAAAGAUACUUCCUAUUAUGAACAAAAGAAGGGAAGAAUUAUCAAAAGGAGUUCUAAGUUCUUCGAAUGAUAUGCUUUCAUGCCUUCUUGCAAUAAGAGAUGAAAAUGAUAAGCCUCUACACGAUGGCAUCAUUAUCGACAAUUUUAUUUUUUUAUUUGUUGCAAGUCAUGACACAUCUGCUACUCUUAUGACAUUGAUGAUAUGGAAGUUAUCAAGAGAUCAGGAGGUUUAUAACAAAGUUUUAGAAGAACAAAUGGAAAUUUUAAACCAAAGGAAUGGAAGUGAAGAGAGUUUAACAUGGGGAGAGAUACAAAAGAUGAAAUACACAUGGAGAGUUGCUCAAGAAUUGAUGAGAAUGAUCCCUCCUUUUUAG